AUGUCUGAUCAGCUGAGAUCCCUUGUCGACCAUCCAGUAUUUGUCUACCUGACAGAUGGACGCACACUUGUCGGACAACUGAUGGGAUAUGAUCAAGCAGCAAAUGUCAUUCUGGGCAAGACACACGAGAGGAUAUUCUCGUCAACGGAAGCCAUGAAAACAGUGCCCAUCGGCGUAUAUGUCAUCCGCGGCGAGACCAUAGCACUGAUUGGCGAGCUGGAUGAAGAACUGGACGAACAGGCAGACUAUGACAAUAUGAUGGUGGAGCCGUUAGAUCCAGUAGCUCUCUGA